AUGCUGUUGGAGGAAGAGGAGAAACCAGAAAAGGAGAGGGGGGAGGAGAUAGACCCCCGCCAGAUUCACCCCCCUGGUCCCGGCCAACUCCCUACCCGUCUCAGGGGAGGGCCGCGCCGGUGCAACUUGCCCGCCUUGCCCCCUCGGGGCCCGUCCUUUGCUGCCGUCAUCGCUUUGUACAGCUCGCCCCCGAGAUCGCGAGAAAAACCCCAUCCCAGCCGUCGGGAGAGCCCCCGGUACCCCCGCAGUAUGCUAGGGGGGCGAGCCCCACCUCCCCGACAACAGAGACACCGGCCCAGGAGCAGCUCCGCCCUGAGCUCCUUGCCACCCCUCUUCUCGCCCCUCAGACACUCGCGCCCGCUGCCCCUUUCUCUCUCCUCACCCCCCCGCUGCUUCUUUCUCUGCUUACGCUCCAAGCGCUACCACCGCCCCGAGGCACACCACCACCGCCGCCCCCGAGCUAUCGAACCCCUAGAUAGAACCACUCUGUGUGCGCAACCAUACCAGCAACCCAGACCCACCCGCGCAGCGAUCACCCACACCGAGCUAACCCGGGCAACAGCCCGAGAGACAUAA